AUGGAGAAAUUCAAUCCAAGAAAGAAGAAGAUUGUAAGAAAACAAGCUCCAGAUCUUUGGAUACACAUUUUACCAAUACUUGUGUUCAGUAUACUCUUCGUCCCUCACAUCAACCAAGAAACCCUAAAUAUCACUCUGAAGACUAAACAAGGAGAAACAGAUACUUGUGCCGGAAGGUAUGUCUAUAUCCACAAUCUUCCUAGUAGAUUCAAUGAUGAUCUGAUAGAAAGUUGUGAAUCAUAUGUCGAGUUACGCAAUAAGUGUAAGUACCUGGUUAACUCUGGCUUCGGUCCACCGAUCUUGGAGGUUGAAAUUCAUAACCACACAACUCGUGUAUUAACCACAGAGACCGGUUCUUGGUACUCGACCAAUCAGUUCAUGCUUGAGGUUAUCUUCAGAGAGAAAAUGAGACACUACGAGUGUUUGACCAACGAUUCCUCUCUUUCUUCAGCGAUCUUCGUCCCGUUCUACGCUGGCUUCGACGUGAGACGCUUUUGGGGAUACAACGUGAAGCUCAGAGACGAACUCGGUGAAGAUCUUGCUCAAUGGCUUAGGGAGAGACCUGAGUGGAGGAAAAUGCACGGACGGGAUCACUUCUUUGUCACGGGACGGGUUGGUCGGGAUUUUAGAAGGGCUUCUGAUCAAGAUUCAGACUGGGGAAACAAACUGAUGCGUUUGCCUGAGUUUGAGAACAUGACGAUGUUAUCUAUUGAGACAAACUCUUUCAGCAACGAGUUUGCGGUUCCUUAUCCAACUUACUUCCAUCCAAAGACCAGAACCGAGGUUGAGACAUGGCAGAGGCAAGUGAGAAUGGUUCAGAGACGAUAUUUGUUCUCGUUUGUUGGAGCUCCAAGGCCUGAAAUGGAGGAAUCUAUAAGAGGAGAGGUUAUAAAACAGUGCCUUGCGUCACAAGAAAGAUGCAAGUUUCUUAAUUGUGAUACACCAAGUAAAGAUUGUGGUAACCCGGUUAAGGUAAUUGAGGUGUUUCAAGAUUCAGUGUUCUGUUUACAACCACCAGGAGAUACACCUACAAGGAGAUCAACCUUUGAUUCGGUUUUAGCCGGUUGUAUACCGGUUUUCUUUAGCCUUGAUUCGGUUCAGUACGAGUGGCAUUUCCCGGAUGAUCAUACCAAGUAUUCGGUUUACAUUUCAGAAGAAGAUGUAAAAGAUGGUAAGGUUAGUAUUGAGAAGGUAUUGAGUAUGAUUAGUGAAGAAGAGAUUUUGAGUAUGAGGAAUGAGGUUGAGACGAUUAUACCGAAGAUAAUCUAUGCAAAACCGGGGGAUGUAGGACCGGACAGGAUUGAAGAUGCGUUUGAAAUUGCGUUACCGAGAAAAUUGUUGAUGGAAAGAGAAACAGAGCCAAGUUCGUCGACGAAGCUGAGAAGAAGCGAUCGAGAAGAAGAAAAUGUGAAGAUUAUAGAGUGGGAGGAAUUCGACAAUGAGCUCACUCGGUUGUGGAGUCUUUCCUCUGCUCUCAAGUUAGCUACAGAGAAGAAGCUAACUCUUCAGCCAAAACUCGAGUCUCUUAUUCAGGUUAGUGCUGAAUCAUUGAGACGUAGUAAUGAGCUUGAAGAGAUGCGUCAGAGGCUGGAAGCAAAGAAAUUGAUGGUGGAUAAGACAUCGGUUGCUUGCAGAGUUACUGAGCAGGAUGUUAAAAAGAAAGAGGAUGAUCUAAGUGUAGAAGUUAGGUCUUUGCUAGUUGGUGGCACAACCCUUUCCAUCGCUAAAACCAAAUUGCAGGAGUCAAACUGCCAACUAGAAGGAGAGAGUGGUUAUGCUCAUCUAAAGAAUGCAACGAAUAAGCUGAGGAAGAGGCAGCAGUACAUGAUAACUCAAGUUUCAUUUAUCUAUCCACUGAAAAUCGAGGCUGGACCUUCGCAAGACCAAGAAUUGGAAUCACUUCCAGGUGGCAGUAGAUUAGUAGGAACUAAGCAUGUGAGUCAAGGAUCCGUGAGAAUUUUGGGGUUGCCUUUUAGUAUGGCCCCGUUUACAAAGAUGAGCUUCUUCACUGACAAGAAAGAAGUUCAGAAGUCAGCAACUGCCUUAGGAUAUGUAGCUCAUGCCGUGUCCCUAUUAGCUCCUUACUUGGGAGUGCCUAUUCGGUAUCCUUUGCGCCUAGGUGGUUCCAAAACAUAUAUUCGGGACUAUGCGCCUUACACCGAGCCUUCAGCUUCUGAUAUGUCUCCAGUUUCUUCACUCUCCGAAAAAGCUACAUUUGUAGAGUUCCCACUGUUUCUGGAUGGUCAAGAUACAACUCGAGCUGCUUAUGCUGUCUUCUUAUUAAACAAGCUCUCACACCGCUUCAGUGUCUCUUACAUCUUCUCAAGACACUUUGUGGAGAUAAAAGCAUUUUCCUUUGACUCGUACAAGUUUCAAAGCACUGUUGGUACUUUGGGAUGUGUAACAAUGCAUGAUGUUGAUGAUUCAAAGGUAACGAAAGACAAGACCAAGGGUAAAAACGGAAAGUAA